GUCGUCGCUGUUGUUGUUGUUACUGUCGUCGCUGUUGUUGUUGUUACCGUCGUCGCUGUUGUUGUUGUUAUUGUCGUUUUAGGGGUACCGAUCAAGGCGACAAGCAUUACAGCAAUUCCCAUACCAAGAAGAAGAAAAGCAAGUAAAGACACAAUCAAACAGACAGGUGAACAUUGGCAGUGAAUGUAUUUAAAAUAGCUAAAUGAAACAUUUUUAAUAGUUAUUAAGAAAAAAAUGUAAAACAAUUAUUUACCGUUUCUUUUUAUUUCUGUUCGACGUUCGGUGAUGAGUAUCCUGAAAAUUCACUCCAUUUGACCAUAAGCCAGUUGCCUGAAUUGAUUUAAAAGAUGAAUAUAGCUAAAAGAAAAAGGAUAAAUAGUUCCAUUUUGGUUUCAGUUUUAUCAUCGAAUCAAACAAAAUUAUUCAUAAAAAUAACUCAAAUGCAAAUAUAAUCUAUUGGGACAAAAAUAAUUUUACACUUGACUAACAGAAAUGGAAAUACCACCAAGCCUAAGUCGCUUUAGUUUUUACCAAUAAAUACUUAUUGACCAUUCAUUAUCUUUCUAAAAUAUAUUCUCGAAACUGGUCAAAAAAAUAAACUGGACACGUAAACUUCAAAUUUGGAGCGCACUUACGCAUCCAUGUUUUGCGAAAUGCAUACAAAGACAACAUACGGCUGUUAAAAUCAAUAACAAUUUCUAAAACUGUAUUCAUAUUAAUUAUUACCCACGCUAAUUAACCUAUGAUGCAAAAGUUAUUGCCGAAAUCUCCAGGCAUGAUUCUCCGCUCAAGAACACUAUAGAAGGAUCAUUCUUUUCUCGAUUGAAAGAGCAAAGUCUAAACUUCAAAAUGCAUACAAAACAAAAUUAUUUGGAGUUAACUUUGAGCGAGAAAAAAGUACCAGAUCGAACGUCUCUAAAAAACACUGUAGCAACACGAAAUUUUUUUAAAUAUUUUUACUAGAACUUGAAACAAAACGUUUUCGUGAACAUUAA